AUGUAUGAAUCUUGUGAUCCGGAUGGCCCUGGUUUCUAUGAAACCAUCAUCGACAACAUAAGGUAUCGUUAUGGAGGUCUGAAGCUAGGUUGUGAAGAAAUGGCACGUGUAUACCACGAGAAGGCACGCGAAAAGCAAGAACUCGAGCGAGAAGCUCAACUUGGGGCUCAAAGACGAUCUGAACGUGAAAGUCAGCAAAGAGCUCUGCAGUAUAAAUGGGCAAACCGAGUUAUCGAUAUGAGGCUGGCAAAAACUGAUCCCAACACAUUCUUAGUUGGCCUACGUCAUGCGGCCGAUAUGUUUGGUCUAUUUCAUUCAACAUCGAUAUCAAAAAUUAUGGUUAUCGGCUCCAAGAAGAACAAUUUGGCAGCUAAGAGAUUGCAGACGCUUAAUCUUGAGGCUGGAUGGCUAAGUCAACCAUCCCACGCUAGUUCGGGCACACGGAAGCGACGUGCGGAAGAUGAGAAUGACUAUGAGGACGGCGAAGUCCCAUCUAUUGGGGUUGCUGAAGAAGCUAGACGACGUGCAAAUGCUCAAGCUCGAUUUUCCUCAAACUCUAACCAUGCCGGAGUUGCUAGACAAGAUUCAGCACGUCUGCAACAAACGCGUGCGGAUGAAAUAAAACGUGUGAAGAGAAUAGCGGCUUAUCUCGGAGGGACUAUCUCGGCUGCAGACCGAGCUAGGUUAACAGAAUUGGGUGUGAGUCAAGCUGAGAUUGGACGUAUAUCAACACAGGGUGGCUAUUCAUUACUUGCGGAGAUUAAUCGGCAUAGAUUGGGUUAUGCUGAUGCUGGCGAAUACGAGGGUGAGGAGGAUGAGGAUGGGGAUGAUAAUGCUGAGGUUGAGGUUGAGGGAGAGAAUGAUGUCAAUGUUGAUGAAGGACCAUGGGACGUUACAGGACAUUGGAAAAUCGAAUGUCGUGAUCUGCGACGUAAUUAUGGACACCGUGCCCCAUACCUUCUCCAAAUAUUUUCCAGCAAUGAACUUCAUCGAAAUGCGAUCAAGAUGAUCAUUGAGAUCAAUAUAUCCUCGAUACCAAUGAUGAGAUAUCCGCCGAAGAUCCUACAAGAUGUUAUAGAUGGAGGGGAAAAGAUUCAGGAUAUCAUUCAGUUAAGAUCGGACUCUAAGCUGUACAAGAUGAGAUUUUCAAAUGGUGGGAAUAAGGUUGAAGGAACUUGGGCUCAUCAGGAUGGUUUUGUGAAGUUUACUGGUGUUAAGCUUAGGGAUGCACUCCCAGGUUAA